AUGGCGACAUGGUUUCUCAUCGUCUUCGUCUCUCUCACACUCAGUCUCUUUCUCCAUCUCUUACUCCGCCGUAACUCCUCCUCUCUUCCUCUACCUCCUGACCCCAACCUCUUCCCCUUCCUCGGUCCCUUCCGCUGGCUCACUCAAGGCUUCGGCGGUCUCCGCUCCUUCCUCCGCACCGCACACCACCGUCUCGGCCCUAUCGUCUCCAUCCGCAUCAGUUUCCUCCCCUCAAUCUUCGUCUCUGACCGCUUUCUCGCUCACAAGGCUCUCGUUCUAAACGGCGCCGUCUUCUCCGAUCGUCCCCCGGCGAUUCCAACCAGCAAGAUCAUCACCAGUAACCAACACACCAUCAGCUCGGGAUCUUACGGCGCCACGUGGCGCAUUCUCCGCCGCAAUCUCACAUCCGAGAUUCUUCACCCGUCGCGCGUGAGAUCUUACUCCCACGCUCGUCGCUGGGUUCUCGAUACCUUACUCGAUCGGUUCCGUAACGGAGGAGAAGAGCCGAUCGUCGUCGUCGUGGUCGAUCAUCUCCGCUACGCAAUGUUCUCGCUCCUCGUUCUAAUGUGUUUCGGAGAUAAGCUCGACGAAGAACAGAUCAAGCAGGUCGAAUUCGUUCAACGAAGAGAGCUUCUCAGUUUCCCCAGAUUCAGCAUCCUCAAUUUCUUCCCCAAUUUCACCAAAUUCUUUCUCCGGAAGAGAUGGGACGAGUUUCUCCAGAUGCGGAGAGAGCAAUCGGAGGUCUUGCUUCCGCUAAUUCGUUCCCGGAGAAAGAUCGUCGAAUCGGAGAGGAAAGGUUACGUGCAAUCGUACGUCGAUACUCUGAUCGAUCUCGAGCUUCCGGAGGAGAAGAGGAAACUGAACGAGAACGAGAUCGUGAGCUUAUGCUCGGAAUUUCUAAACGCCGGGACUGAUACAACGGCGACGGCGCUUGAAUGGAUCAUGGCGAAUCUGGUGAAAAAUCCAGAAAUCCAGGAGCGGUUAUACGAUGAGAUCAAAAGCGUGAUCGGGGAAGAAGAAGGGGAGAUCGAGGAAGAGGAGAUGAAGAAGAUGCCGUAUCUGAAAGCGGUGGUGUUGGAAGGUCUCCGGCGACAUCCUCCGGGACAUUUACUGUUACCGCACAGUGUAAGUGAAGACGCGGAAUUGGGAGGAUUCAAAGUGCCGAAGAAAGGGACGAUCAAUUUCAAUGUGGCGGAGAUUGGGAGAGAUCCGGAGGUGUGGGAGGAGCCGAUGGAGUUUAAGCAGGAGAGAUUUGUGGGAGAAGGAGGAGAAGCGGCGGUGGAUAUAACCGGAAGCAGAGGGAUAAAGAUGAUUCCGUUUGGAGCUGGGAGGAGGAUUUGCCCAGGGAUUGGAUUGGCGAUGUUGCAUUUGGAGUACUAUGUGGCGAAUAUGGUGAAGGAGUUUGAGUGGAAGGAGGUUGAAGGUGAUGAAGUUGAUUUGAGUGAGAAGAUGGAGUUCACUGUCGUCAUGAAGCAUCCGCUUAAGGCUCUUGCUGUGCCUAGAAGAAGAUAG